CAGAGCGGUAUCUGGUGCAACUGCGCAGCACAUGUGCGGAAGGAGAGUGGACAAGUGGAAUGAGUGAGUGACCCGGACCACAACCAGAACCAGAACCAGAGGACAGACGGAGGGAGGCCCGAGGCAGACCGAACAGGUUUAUGUGUCUGUGAAGGAACCGGAGCAGCCGCAGACCCUGGAGCCCCGCACUGUCAAAAUGGACGUUCAGGAUAAGGACAUAUUCUCAGGGGACAUCCUGCCUGUUGUCAUUAUUGGCAACGGGCCGUCGGGGAUCUGUCUGUCAUACCUGUUGUCUGGUUACACCCCCUACCUGUCGCCUGACGCAUCCCAUCCCAACCCCCUCCUGCACAGCAAACUGCACGAGCAGCCGCACCUGUCACUGCUCGACCAGGACCUGGAGUACCUGUGUGAGGGUCUGGAGGGACGCUCGUCCAAUCCCGUGGCCGUGCUCUUUGAUUCGCUGCUGCUUCCCAACAGUGACUUCGGCUUGGACUACAGCUCUCCGUUGGCAUGGCAAUAUGAGCCGGCGCGUGCGGUCCCUCACCUGGUGCUUGGAAAGGGUCCACCAGGGGGCGCUUGGCACGCCAUGGAGGGUUCCAUGCUGACUCUGAGCCUGGCCAACUGGAUGGAACUACCAGGACUGAAACUGAAGGACUGGAUGAGAGACAAACGCAGAAAUGUUCGGAAUGACCGUGCCACCCCUGCAGAGAUUGCCUCUUACUACCAGCACUACGUUUCCCAGAUGGCCCUGGAGCAGAACUUUGCCUGUGGAAUCACUGUUACCUCGGUAACCAGGCAACCCGGCAACCAGGAGGGGUCACCGCCCUGCUGGAGAGUGAUGGGACUGCAGCGCAGGGAGGGGGAGGAGCUGGGAGAAGGUUCCAGAGUGCUGGAGGAGGUGCCCUUCUCGCUGCUGGCCCACAACGUGGUUCUGGCCACGGGAACCCACGACAUCCCGGCUCAGCUGGGGGUGGAGGGGGAGGCGCUGCCCUUCGUCUGCCACUCCUUCUGGGAGCUGGAGGCUGCCAUCGCGCGCGGUGAGCUGGACCAAUCCUCAGACCCCGUGGUGGUCGUGGGGGCGGGGCUGACGGCGGCUGACGCCGUGCUGGCCGCGCACCACCUCAACACCCCCGUUUACCAUGUGUUCAGGAGGUCCGUCACUGACCCCGGCCUCAUCUUCAACCAGCUGCCCAAGCUGCUCUACCCCGAGUACCACAAGGUUCACCAGAUGAUGACCCAGCAGCAGCACCAGCCUGGACCUUCCCCUCCGACCCCCAACCACCACUCCACCUCUUCUUCAUCCUCCCCCUCUUCCUCCUCCUCGUACCCCGGUUACCUCAGCUUCCCUCGUCACACCGUGGUGGCGUUCCGACCUGACAGGAAGUGCAUCCUGGAGUCCGACUCGGGCCAGAGGACGGUGGUCCAGGUCUCUAAGGCUCUGGUUCUGAUCGGCGCCCACCCAAACCUGUCCUUCCUGCCCCACAACGGACGUCCGCUGGGAAUUUACCCCGACGAGCCCAUCACGUGCCGGAGGAACCCCAUCGACGUGGACCCGUUUACGAACAGGGUGGUGGCGGCGGACGGGCCCGGCAUGUACGCCAUGGGCCCCCUGGUGGGAGAGAACUUUGUCCGCUUCCUGAAGGGGGGGGCGCUGGCCAUCGCUACGGACCUGGCCAAGAGGCGGAGGGAGGAGGAGGGGGCGCCUGCAGACAGAGUGAUGGACAGAUGGGUGGACAGACGGACAGAAACAGACUGUUGUGUUCUGGAGGGUUAAACUGCUGGAAGCCAACCAGAGGGACCUGGACUCAUGUGGACUCAACUGGACUCAACUGGACUCAUGUGGACUCAGCUGGACUCAAGUGGACUCAGGCAAAACUAGAGCUCAUGUGUUGGGGGGGUGGGGGGGGGGGCUUUACAGCUAACGUACACCUGGUAGGAGACAGACAGAUCCACCAGAAAUGUCCGAGGGCUGUCCCCAAAGACUCGGAUCCCAGCGGGUCCACAUCCUGCAGAACCACAGAAUCUAUACAGAAGAGGAGUAGAGGGAUCUGC